AUGUGGGACAACGUCAAAAAUAUGCCUUCGACCAUCUUGAUGCCUCGUGGAAUGUCUUAUGAACAAUAUCAAGAAUUUCAGAACAACGUUAAAAACGAAAAUGUGAUGUGGUAUCAGUACAUACAGCGUCAAUUAGAGAAACAUUUCCAGAAAAUGCUGAAAGCCGCAGUUGCAGGCAAAGACUCGAGCAAAACGGUUCACGAUAAUCCACACUCUGUUAAAAACAAAAGAUCAUCGUUAGUUGAUAUAAAUAAUGAGGAAGAAGACAAUGACAUUGAUAAGGACGGCAGAGAGAUUUCUAGCAAAAUUAGUGAACGGGUUCCUUUGCUGCGCGUUUAUAAAAAUGCUAAAGACUUGAAAGAGCAGGAAAGUUCAUCUAAUAUUGAUUGUUAUCAAUACAUAAAAGAAGUGCAGCAGAAGAAGGAGGAUCAGAUGCAAAAAAAUCCUAAAUUUCAGAAAAUACCCCCUAACAUGAAAAUGUACCGAGAAGUUGAGAAUCCAUAUGAUUUGAAAAAACAGAGACAGAAUAGAAACCAAGGUAAUUUACUUUCUGGUAGUACUGCAACAGGGGCACGGAAAGGAAGAAAAUCUCCAAACGUGGAUUCUCCCAAACAAACAACCAGACAAAAACAGCGCGAGGUGCAAGAUGUGUCUGAUAUUCAACAAUAUUAUCCGAGCACCAGAAUGCAACAGCAUUUCAAUAUACAGCAGCAAUUGCUGCAUAAUGAUAAUCGCACAGCCAAACCAAACAAACGCCUUCAGUCAUAUUCCACGGCGGAAGAUCUGGAGAAGCUGAGAACCAAUACACCAGCAAUAUCAGUUGGCAGCGUUACUGAUUUCUCCGAUAACGAAGACGGUUGCGUUUCAAACGCAAGAUGGUUCUCUAGAACUUCCGCCGGUGGACGUUCAAGCAAAGAAUCCGUUAUCACUGCAAGAAAUAACAGACAAUGUGGGGGCUCUGGUAGAAAUAUCAAUCAUACCCGAGUAGAAAAUCCGAGUGAGCAAAGGAGGGACAAACAGUUAGAAGAUGAUGAAGAGUUGGCAAGAUAUGCGCAACUCCGGCAUCAGAACUUAAAGAAAGAGGUGCAGAAAAAUCGAUCUGAUGAUGGCAGGAAAUCAGGAAACACUAGGGAGAGGGAGAAGCGUAUGGAUAGAGUUGGAAAGGAUUAUAGUGAAGAAUUUUCCCGUAUUGCAAGUUCAAUAGCAAGUUAUCAUAAUAGGAAAGUGAGUGAAGGAGCAGUCUAUGCCCAAAGUCCGAGAAACGACAAUGAAACCAGAGGCAGAUCUCCUGCAAAAUUGUGUAAAGAUUGCACACAAUACGAUGACGACUUUGAAUACUUUAUGGACUACAAACGUCAGCAUGAAAAUAUUUUGAAUAUUUCACCGUCGAAUCAAGGAAGAACGGUUUACGAAGAACGUCAAAAUAACCCUCACCACCACAAUCAAAUGACUCCAAAGUCGCACAGUUUUUCCACUUCUAGAAAGUCUCAUUCCAGAAGUCCUCCAUCGAAAGUUCCCCGUAGUGGCAAGGAGUCUCCAAAUUUUAAAACGUACGACAGUCCGAGAAGCCCAAAGUCAUCAUUGGCAGCUGCUGCUGAGAUUUAUAAACCAAAAUCGCCACCUGUGAAGAAGGAAGAUUGUUAUAGGCAGAAGCAUAAUAGAGUGAACCAGGAAAAUGGAAGAAAUAGUUGUUAUGAAAGACCAUACAAACAAGUAAAGGAAACCUCUCAAAUGAACCAAAACGUUACCAGAAGAAGAAAAUACUCCGAAGAUGAUGAUUCUGACGAUAUCUGGACGCACUAUGCAUCAUCACGUUAUGACAAUGUUCUGAGCGAAAGCUUUAAUGAACGAAAUCCUCACUUUUUUACCAAUGAAAAAUUAAAAUUUAUUGAAAAUCGAAGAGCGAAAGCACUUGCUAGAGAUGAGGAAGAUUUGGUUGCUGUCAGGUCGUUGUCGGCAAGGCAUUCAGGAGGUCGCUGCGACGGGUAA